AAUUAGGAAAAACUAAAAUUCAGGCCAAAGAUAGUUGCAAUUGGAUGAAAGAAGAUGUCAUAAGAAGACAUGGUAGAUCAAUUGCACAUUUAGUUGGUAGAGAAGCAUUAGGUAUAAGCAACACGCAUAAUAUUUAUUAUUUGACAAAGCAUAAUCAUACUUUAAUACCUUUCCUGAUUUAUGCCAAUUUAAGAGAAAAUGAUAACUCUACAUUUAUUGAACCACUGAUGGUUGAAUUGUUUGAAUUGUUGAUGGUUCAAAUCGAAUUAUCAAAUAUUCAAAUCAAAAAAAUUUUUGAUUAUGGUUCAAAAUCAGUUGCAGAGAAACCAUCUCUUGCAGAAUCAAUAUCAAAAAUUUUAGCACCUAAUGGACAAUGUAAUACAAGAAAAUCAAUUACACCAGUUCAUGAAUAUACAAGUGAAUUCCAUGGUAAAAAAUCAAAAUUUAAAUUUACAUCAGUUAAGGGUCAUGUUUAUGGUUUGGAUUUCACUCAGACACAUAAUAAUUGGAAUAUUGAUCCAUUAACAUUAUUUACUGCUCCAACUAUGAGAUCAGAGACUGAUGGCAAAAUUUGCAAACAUCUUAAUAAUGAGUCAAAAAAUAUUGAUUAUCUUGUACUUUGGUUGGAUUGUGACAGAGAAGGUGAAAAUAUUUGUUUUGAGGUGAUUGAUAAUGUUAUACAUAAUAUGAAAUCAUCAAUUGAUGGUAAAACUAAAAAUCAAAGAAUAUUAAGAGCAAAGUUUUCAGCAAUUACUUAUGAAGAUAUUCAUAAAGCAAUGAAUAAUUUAGGUUAUCCAAAUAAAAAUGAAGCCUUAGCUGUGGAUGCUCGUCAAGAACUUGAUCUUAAAAUUGGAUGUGCUUUUACUAGAUUUCAAACAAAAUUCUUUAAUGAGAAAUAUGGAAAUCUUGAUUCUCGAGUUAUUUCAUAUGGUCCAUGUCAAACUCCUACUUUAUCAUUCUGUGUAUCAAGACAUGAUCAAAUACAACAUUUUAUACCAGAAAAAUAUUGGACUUUAUCAUUAACAAUUUCUAAAGACAAUGCCGAUAUAUCUUUAAAAUGGAAAAGAUCAAGGAUAUUUGAUAAAAAAAUUGCUAAUUUAUUUUUAAAAAUGAUAGAAGAAAACUCAAAAGAUAUAAAAGUAACUGCCAUUACAUCUGAAAUAAAAACAAAAUAUAGACCAGUUGCAUUAAAUACUGUUGAAUUAUUAAAAUUUGGUUCUUCAAAUCUUGGAAUUAGUCCACACGAAAUGAUGUCACAUGCAGAAAAACUAUAUAUGCAAGGGUAUAUUUCAUAUCCAAGAACAGAAACAACAAGUUAUCCACGAAAUUUUGAUUUAAUUUCUGUUUUGAAAACUCAAUUGUUAGAUAAUGGAGUAGACAGGCCAACAGGAGGAAAAGAUUAUUUUCUUGGAUCUAUAAGUAAAAAUAUCAAAUUGAAAGAAAAUACUAUUUUAAUAAAAAUUGCAAAUGAAUCUUUUGAAAUUACUGGAGCUAAAGUCAUAGAACCAGGUUUCUCCAAAAUAAUGCAUUGGCGUAAACUACCAAAUGAUGAAAAUUUGCCCGAUUUUCAUAAAGGAGAAAAUCUAAAUUUGGUAAAUUAUAAAUUAACAGAAGGACUAACAAGCCCACCAGAUUAUUUUACAGAAAGUGAAGUCAUUGGAUUGAUGGAAAAACAUGGAAUUGGUACAGAUGCAUCCAUACCAACUCAUAUUAAUAAUAUAUGCCAAAGAAAUUAUGCUACAGUUAAAGGAAAUGACCGUAAAAUUGAUCCUGAUUUAUCACUGCCUACAAUGAGAAGUGAUAUUGAAAAACAAUUAAAUUAUAUUGCAUCAGGAAAAGCUGAAUUUUCAAAAUUUUUAGAAUAUUUUCUAAAAUUAUUUGCUGAAAAAUUUAAAUAUUUUGGAGAGAAAAUUGAUUUAAUGGAUGAAUUAUUUGAAGCAAAUUUUUCUCCACUUGCCUCAGUUGGUAAAGUAAUGUCAAAAUGUGGUAAAUGUAGAAGACCUCAAAGAUUGCAUUGUUCAGUCUGUAAUGAAACUUAUUCAUUACCGCAAAAUGGGAAUAUCAAGUUAUUUAAAGAAUUGAAAUGCCCUCUUGAUGAGUUUGAACUUUUGACAUUCACAAAUUUAGAUGGAAAAACCACCAUCAUAUGUCCCUACUGUUACAGUAAUCCACCAUUUGAGAAUGUUAAAAAAGGUAUUCAAUGUUUACAUCCAACUUGUACUUACUCUUUAAUAACUAAUACAAUUUGUCAAUGUCAAAUGUCAACUGAUUUUAUUGAUUGUAAGGGUAAACUAAUAUUGGAUCAAACUUCAUCUACUAAUUCAUUUAAAUUAUAUUGUACUAUUUGUAAAUCAAUUGUGAAAUUUAAAGAUACUGUAAAAGGAGUUUCUGUAAAGAAAAAUGAAUCUUGCAAAAAAGAAGAUUGUGAAGUUAACGUUAUAAAAAUUCAAUUAAAAGAAAAUAGUCCUACUGUCGAAGGAUGUGUUUUAUGUGAUGAAGAAGUUAUUGCAUUACUGGAAAAUAGAUUCUCAAGAGGUGGCAGAUCUAGAGGAAAUAAAAGAUUUCAUAGAGGUGGUGGUAGAAAACGACGUGGAAAUAAUAGUAGAUAA